AGCCUAUCCAAAAUCCGCAGACCGGAGCGGCAGCGAGAGAAGCCAUGGCGCUGUCCCUCUCCCUCGCGCGCGCCGCGCCCCUCGCCGUCUCCGCGGGCGCCGGGGCCAGGAGGCUCCCUGCCGCCAGCCUCGCCUUCCCGCCCAAGUCCUUCUUCGGCGCGCCGCUCGCCGCCACCGCCGCCUCCGUCACGUCGCCGCUCCCGCGCAAGCCGGCCACCUCCACCUCGCUCGCGGUCGUCGCGGCCGGGAAGAAGGGGUACAAGAUGAAGACCCACAAGGCGUCGGCGAAGCGGUUCCGGGUGACGGGGAGGGGCAAGAUCGUGCGGCGGUGCGCCGGGAAGCAGCACCUGCUCGGCAAGAAGAACACCAAGCGCAAGAAGAGGCUCUCCAAGAUGGUCCAAGUAAACAAAAGUGACUACGACAAUGUGACAGGCGCACUGCCCUACCUCAAAGUGAAUAGGAAAGCAGACUGAGUUCUUCGUGGUCUUGAAAAGCCAUUCUGUUUCAUUCCACCAACCUGUAAUUUUGUGUAUCUUCUGCUGUAUUUCCUUUCAAAUAUGGAGGCCGUAAUUCAUUUCAAGAAAGCAUAAACAACUCUUCGUAUCAACAGAGUGCACUGCUAGUUGUAGUUGUUUUUGGUUGCAAAUUUUUGCAAAGAGGACUGGCACGUGGCACUCGAGCCAGAUCUUAGUAACCUGUUGUGGAUCUAAAUAGUGUCCUGUAUUGAAUCUAAAGCUGAAGGUGGUUUCAUCUGUAUUGGCUGCCAAAAUGUGGCCACCUUUUCCUUUA